UGAACUUAGUGGUUCAGAUGAAUAGAGCUCUGGAAUGAGCAAGUGUUGGUCUUUCACUCAUGCAUGAACAAUUAAGAUACAAUGAAGUCACUUUCCAACCAGUCACACUUCAUUGUUGGACUAUUUUUGGCAUUUUCUGUUUUCACUCUGAGCUGCAGCGGAGGUAAAAUUUUAUUGUAUCCUGUCGAUGGAAGCCACUGGGUCAAUAUGAAAGUCCUGAUAGAAGAGCUGCACUCCAGGGGCCACAGCAUCACCGUGAUCCGACCCAAAUCCAGCUGGUACAUCACGGAAAAGUCCCCUUUCUACACUUCCAUCACAAUCGCAGAUGAAAUAAGCAAAUCUGAUAACUUUUUUGAAGAGUAUUUAUGGAAAGUGAUCGAGAUAGAAAGAGGCGACGCUUCUGGACUGUCAUUCUUGAAGCUCCAGGUCGAUUUGUUCUCCAUGUUGUCAAAAGCACACUAUAUUAUAUGUAAAAUGGUAUCGGCCAUUUUGGAAGAUAAGAUGCUUGUGAAAAGACUUCAGGAUGAGCGGUACGACCUGGUGCUCACCGAUCCUGCAUUAGCAGGCGGCGUGAUUUUAGCGCAUUAUCUAAAACUCCCUCUUGUUCUCAAUGUACGCUGGAUCACAACUGGUGAAGGACAUUUUGCUAUAGCACCAUCUCCAAUGUCUUAUGUACCUUUACUAGGCUCUGGCCAUACAGAUAAAAUGAGUUUCUCUCAAAGGGUUAAAAAUGUUUUAUUUCAGAGCUUUACUUUCUUCCAGGACAGAUUUGUGGUUGGUCCACAUUAUGAUGCGCUAAUAGAUAAGUAUUUGGAUAACAAAACGGACAUUGUUAGCCUCAUUCAAGCUGCUGAUAUUUGGCUCAUGAGGACUGAUUUUGUCUUUGAGUUCCCGAGACCAACCAUGCCAAAUGUUGUUUACAUGGGUGGAUUUCAGUGCAAACCCUCCAAGCCUCUUCCUGCAAAUCUGGAAGCAUUUGUGCAGAGCUCAGGAGACCACGGCUUUAUUAUUAUGUCAUUGGGAACACUUGUUAAAAGUAUCCCUGCUGACAUGGCUAAUGAUAUUGCAGCCACUUUUGCUAGUUUACCUCAGAAAGUCAUCUGGAGACAUCUUGGAGAUCGGCCGUCCACUGUGGGCAACAACACUCUUAUCGUGGACUGGAUACCACAGAACGACCUCCUGGGACAUUCCAAGAUCAAAGCGUUUGUAGCCCACGGAGGAACCAAUGGAGUGCAGGAAGCCAUAUACCAUGGGGUCCCGAUCCUGGGCGUCCCUUUGUUCUUCGACCAGUUUGACAACUUAAUACGCAUUCAGGAGAAAGGAGCGGGUAAGAUACUUAAGUUGUCAGAGUUCAGCAGUCGUACUUUUGGACAAGCCCUACGGGAACUGCUCAGUAACGCCUCCUACAGGACGAACAUGCAGAGACUCUCUAGUCUUCACAGGGACCAGCCGAUGAGGCCUUUGGACUCGGCCGUUUUCUGGAUCGAGUAUGUGAUGAGAAAUAAAGGAGCGACUCACCUGCGCUCAGAGUUCUACAAGAUGCCGUGGUACUCAUACCAUUCUGUGGAUGUCUUGUUGGUUCUCUUCACUGUUGUUGUUGUGUUUGUGUUUUCUGUGGUUGCAAUAAUCAGAUAUGUGUGUUAUAAAACGUGCUGUAAGCGAAAAAAAAAAAAUUAAUGAUGCUAUCUAGAUUUUUAUACUCAGAUUUGCAUGCAAAAACAAAAUAACUGGGAAUAGGUAAAGAAUUUACUCAAAUGCUUUGAUAAUUUGAACAAUAAAUACAUUUUCUUUUUUUAAAA